GUUUAAGCACGCGUUUAAAUUGUUACAGAUUUUUUAGUUUCUGUGAAAUUUUGUGAAUUUUUGUGAAAUUUUAUUAAAAAUCGUGUAAUAAAUAACAAAAAUGCCUAAAGAACAAUUUCGUGAAGCAGAUGUGAUAAAGAAAAUAUCACAUGUGCAAUUUAGUAUUAGCAGUCCAGAGGAGAUACAACAGGAGUCUCAUUUGCGUAUUGUUUCGAAAAAUCUCUACCAGGCACAGCGACAACCCGUGCCCUAUGGUGUUUUGGAUAGGCGCAUGGGUGUCAGCAGCAAAGAUUCCAGCUGCGAGACUUGUGGUCAAGGUUUGAAUGAGUGCAUAGGACAUUUUGGUUAUUUAGAUUUAUCCCUGCCAGUGUUUCACAUUGGUCAUUUCCGCUCCACUAUUAAUAUAUUGCAAAUGAUUUGUAAAUCCUGUUCCCAUGUUAUGCUCAAGGAGUCCGAGAAGAAAAUCUUUGAGAAAAAGUUGCUAAAUCCUAAUUUCUCCUAUCUGGCUAAAAAGGCUUUACAUGGUCAGAUCCUCACCAAGGCUAAGAAACAAACAAAAUGUCCCAAUUGUGAGGCUAUAAAUGGUGGUGUCAAAAAAGGUCCGGGUUUGUUAAAGAUUUUACAUGAUCCCUAUAAGGGCAAAAAACAGGAUGCUUUAAUGAAUAAAGAUUUGGAUGAACUGCUAGCUGCUACGGACAACAAUCGUGAAUUAAAUCAAAUGUUGCCUAAUUACAAUCACAUGGAAGAAUUGAAUCCUUUAACUGUAUUGGAGCUAUUCAAAAGUAUACCCAAACGUGAUAUACCACUCUUGGGUAUGACUUGUGAGGGAGCUAAUCCCGCUAAUCUAAUAGUGACUAGAGUAUUUGUGCCGCCUGUAUGCAUAAGACCUUCCGUGGUAUCAGAAGUUAAGGCAGGAACCACUGAAGAUGACUUGACCAUGAAACAAAGUGAAAUUUUACUCAUUAAUGAUGUCAUACAAAAACACAUGACAGGAGGCGGUAAAAUUGAGUUAAUACAGGAGGAUUGGGACUUCCUGCAGUUGCAUGUGGCUCUUUAUUUUCACAGUGAAAUUUCUGGUAUACCCCUUAAUAUGGCUCCCAAAAAAACCACUCGCGGUUUAGUGCAACGUCUGAAGGGUAAACAGGGUCGUUUUCGCGGUAAUCUUUCGGGUAAACGUGUUGAUUUUUCGGGUCGUACCGUCAUUUCCCCUGAUCCCAAUCUUAUGAUACAUCAAGUGGGUGUACCAGAAAGAGUAGCUAAAAUUUUAACCUAUCCCGAGCGUGUUAAUCCUGCUAAUAUACAAAAAAUGAAGGAAUUAGUUAAAAAUGGUCCCAAUGUUCAUCCGGGAGCUAAUUAUGUACAGCAAAGGGGUUCUACAUUUAAGAAAUACUUAGCCUAUGGUAAUCGUGAUAAAGUGGCUCAUGAUUUGAAAUGUGGCGAUAUUGUGGAACGUCAUUUAUGUGAUGGUGAUAUAGUGUUAUUCAAUCGUCAGCCCUCUUUGCAUAAAAUGUCCAUUAUGUGUCAUCAAGCCAAGGUGCAGCCACAGAGAACUUUCCGUUUCAAUGAGUGUGCUUGUACACCUUACAAUGCUGAUUUUGAUGGUGAUGAAAUGAAUUUACAUUUGCCCCAGACUGAGGAGGCUAGAGCGGAGGCCUUAAUAUUGAUGGGCAACAAGUCUAACUUGGUGACACCCAAAAAUGGUGAAAUUCUUAUAGCAGCCACACAAGAUUUCAUUACAGGCGGUUAUUUGCUGACACAAAAAGAUGAAUUUUUAACCCGGGAACAGGCUAUGCAAUUGGCAGCCUGCUUUUUAGCUGGUCCCGAUGCUAAUAUGCAUAUUGAUAUGCCUCCCCCAGCCAUACUCAAGCCACGUAAACUUUGGACCGGCAAACAGAUAUUCAGUUUACUGCUUAAGCCCAAUAAAAAGUGUCCUGUUAAAGUAAAUUUAAUCACCAAAGGCAGAAAUUAUACCGGCAAUUAUGACUUAUGUGCUAAAGAUUCUUGGGUUAUUAUACGCAACUCGGAGUUGAUAUGCGGUUCCAUGGAUAAAAGUACCAUGGGUUCGGGAACGAAAAACUGUAUCUUCUAUGUUAUAUUGAGAGAUUUUGGUGAAAAUUUUGCUACGAAAUGCAUGUGGAGAUUAGCUAGGGUAAGUGCAUUCACUCUCUUUUGUACUAUAUUUAUUUUACAAAUAUAA